AUGUGUCCGCCAAUCUUAUAUAAAUCAUUGCCAUGCAUUCUUAUCUUACUUACAAUAGGCGAAACAGUGUUAGGAAUCGCUCGCAUUAUAAUUUUUUUUUCACCAAGACCUUUAAAUAGUACAUCGAUUAAUGGCACAAAGCCAUCACCCUAUCUUUCGAGUGAGCAAGCAAAAGCAGCAUUUACCAUGGACUGGAUUACAUCUAUAAUACCUACUCUCCUAUUUUGUUAUAUCACCAUACUAUUUUUGCUAGCUGCUUGUUUUUGGUUUAUUGGAUGUAUGAAAAUGAUGCGUCGGCUUGGAACAAUCACCAGAGAUAGUCACUGUGUUUGGUCAUUUACUGCAGCCAACAUUCGAUUUUUGACAUUGACAUGUAAUUGUCCGUGUUAUAAGUCAAGACCUCAACUACGCUUUCAAAUUCGUCUUGGUGUCAUGUGUGCUUUUAUUACACUUCGUAUACUUGCUGUUAUUUUGUAUGCAUCAGAUACGAAAUUAGACGACACUGGCGUAGUUAUGGCGGCUCUAAGUGCUAUUUCGGUUGUUUUUAUAUUGUUGACGAUUGCAGUCGACUAUUAUCAGUACAGAAUGUGGUGGUACUAUCGGCCUGAUCAAGCCUAUCAAAUGUGCCGCUGCUGGUGCUGUCGACAAACAUUUCAUCCUUGCCAUGAACGUUUUCUACCUGAACCUCUACUAGGACGGAAUAGAAAUCCGAAUGAACUUGGCAAUAAAUUGUGUAUAUUUGAUGGAGGAGGAAAUUGUCCUACGCUUUCCCUUGAUCACAUCGUUAUUUUUCAUGCGUUCGAUUCCAUGCCUCAAAGUCGAUAUCAAAGAGAUAAUCAUCGCACAUACUUUGGAUUUCAUCGAACAAGUCCUCAAUCUGCAGUCGGUAUUGCACAGCAAGGCUUUCGUAUCAGCGCCACGCCUCCUCAAUUACUUGGCUUUGGCGUUUACUUCGCUCGUUCCUUUAAAGGUACAGAAAGGAAAGCGCGUCAUGAAGGGGCAUUGAUUUGUGCCGAAGUUGACAUGAGAAAUGUGAUCAUUGUCACACAUGAUGAACUUCACAAUGUCAGCAACUCGAAUAGGUGGCAUCAGAAUUUUGAUACUGUAUAUUAUUAUCAUCCCGAGCAAGAUCGAGACGAAUUUUGUGUAAAAGAUCCCGCGCAAAUUUUAAGAUGGAUUAUUAUCAUGAACGACGACCGAUUACGACGCUAUGGACUUGAUAGAGCAUUUGAAAAUACUCGUUGUGGUUGUAUUUAA